AUGAUAAACUCAGCCACUGAAGAAGAGGAGGAGGAAUACAUUUUAGCCAACUCGGACACACCCACAAAUGUUAGGAGGAGAAGACUAUGGGCUAUUCCAAGUCCUUCCUUAGGUAUUUCACCAUCUGCACGUUGGGGUCACUGCUCUGUGUUAUUGCACCAUCACAAUAUAAAUUCUUUCCAUCCAACUUUAAUGAUAUUUGGAGGAUUUGAUGGUUCGAACAUGUUGAAUGACAUACACCUCUUUGAUUCUGUUACCAACACUUGGAGUCAACCAUCUAAAACGUUUGGAACAAUACCAUCAGCAAGAUCUGGACAUUCCACAACACUAUUGACAAAAGAGAAAGGGAAAAUAUUAUUGAUUGGAGGAGGUAAUGGCGUCCAUUAUUUAGCAGAUUUAGUUCUACUUGAAGUUGUUAGCGAGGAAGAUGAAGAAUGGAAGAAGGAAUCACAAUUAUUAGGUAAUAAUUCAGGAAUUAAAUGUAUGAAUAUGUUUAGAUGGUCUCGACCUAAAGUAUCAAGUCGUGUUAGAGUUUACAUUUCUGAUGAUGACAUUAUUCUAACAGAGGAACAGUUUCAAAAGUUACAAGAGGAAAUUAACAAUAGUAAGAAUAACCCUUCUGAAAUAUCGGAAGAUGAUCAAAACCCACUUGUUUCAUCGAAGGUUGUUGAACAGUAUAUUAAAGCAAAUCAAUCUGGAACAACAGAAGAUUUGAUUGGUUUUGGAAAUCCAUCACAUCACGAACAAUUAGAUUCUCUAAAUUUUACUAUGAAAGAAAUAUAUCCAGCUCCUAGAAGCAGACAUACAGCCGUUGCUACUGAAGAUGGCAGCAAAGUUAUUGUAUUUGGUGGUGGUGGUAAAAAUCGAAUUUUUGAUGAUGUAUGGGUAUUUCAUGUACAGGAAAUGGAAUGGAGUCAACCUCAAGAUUCUACAAAUAAGCCUUGCCCAAGAUGGGGUCACUCUGCUUGUAUACAUUCAGGUAAAAUGUUUGUGUAUGGUGGAGUUUUCAAGUCAAGCAUGUUGAAUGAUUUAUAUUCUCUAGAUUUGAAUACCUUUGUUUGGACUAAAAUUGAAUUACCAACUUCAGAUCCCAUUCCUUCUCCAAGAGCAGCUCAUACUGCCAACUUGGUUCUCGGUAGAUAUUUGUUAAUUUUAUGGGGAGGUGAUGAUAUGAAAUAUUUGGAUGAUAUAUAUAUUUUUGAUCUAAAAACUAAUAGUGGAAAGAGAAUAUCAUUUAAAAGUCCAAAAGCAAGAUGUGCACAUACAUCUUGUCUUGUUGAUGAUAAUUAUCUAUUUGUAUUUGGAGGAGGAGGAAGCCAUCAAAGAUUUAAAGAGCUUUAUUUGUUCGAUAUCAAGGCAGCACUUGAAAAGGUUGGAAUUUAUGAAAAUUUUGGAUAUGAAUCUGAUGAUGAGUUUGAAGAAAAUUUCAGUACCGAUUUUUCAGAUUAUCUAUGCCUUUCUCAAUAUUUGGAUAAAGCCUCUCAAUCAUUCUUGGAGGUGAGGAGCGAUAUAAAAGUAGAAGGAAAUGUUAAUAAUUUGGAGGAGAGAUCCGAAAACACUCCUAACGUAACUGGAGACCCUAAUAUACCCUCGAGUGCAACAUCUGUCUCUUCUGGAAAAUCAUCAAAAACAAGAAGAAAGAGAUCCAGUUCAAAGAAAAAAACUUUGAGUAAUAUUUCAAAUGGUAGUAUUUCUAAUGAUAUGAUGGCUUUCAGUAGUAAGGAUAUUAAGGAAGUAACCAAUUGGUUAGUUAACUUGGGUCUAGGUAGAUAUGCAAAUAUGUUUGUACAAGAGGAAAUAGAUUUAGAGUGUAUACCACUUCUUACUGACACAGACUUAUUCAAACUUGGAAUUUCUAAAUUCGGUCCAAGAAAGAAAAUUCUAGACGCUGCAAAGAAAAUUACAAAAUCAUCUGAAUCCGAGUCGGCUAACCACCACAUUCAUUCUAGGUCAACAAGUAAUUUAAGUGAGACGUUACAUUUGGAAAAUAACUCUCAUGCCAUUAUUCAAAGUAUGAGCUCUCUGAAUAUUACCUGUGACGGUAUUAAGGAUACUCUAAAAUCACUUUCCUCAAACAUAUCAAAUCUCACACUCAUUCUGUCUAACCCAUUCUAUGGUUUUAGACAUCCAACAGCUGUUGCUAUUUCAAUGCAUAACAAUACUAAUACCUCAUUUUCAAAUGGAAUUCCUACAAAUGUUCCACCCCAGCCUUCAACCCCUUCUACAUCUACAAACAGUCAACCACCACUUUCACCUAGACAAUCCAAUUACUCUGUAUCAAUGUUUAAUCAAAAUAUUCCACCUCCACCACCUAAUCUUAGUCCAGUGUUUAUUUCAAGACCCAGAAACACAUCAGCUGUUGUGACUCCAAUAGCUACAUCCACUAGUACACCAUUCAAAAGAAGUAAUCCUAAUUCUACUAGUAAUAGUAUCCUCAUUCCAACCAAAGAAUACCCAAAUAGUUCAGCCAUAAAAUCUGAUUCCAAUUCUUCUUCUUUUGGAGGAAAUAUGGUUGAACCACAAUAUUCCCCAAUAUCACCCCCUCUUACUGGUAUUGUUCCAAUACCCCCACCUCCAACUAAUGUACCAAUUCUGAAAAAGAAACGUAAACGAAAACCAAGGAAAAAUGGAACAUUCUCACAACAAUCAAAAGAUUUUGAAAACACCAAUGAUGAAUCUCCUGAAUUACCGUCUUUCUCAGCAGGAGAAAGUUGGUUUGAUGUGACAGAAAAAGAUUUAGAACAAGAUUCAGAAAAUGAAAAUUAA